AACCCAGCAAUGGGAGGAGUUUAUUUCCUCUCCACUGUUCCUUCCUUCACCAACACAAACAAUUUUCAACAUCUCACACUCUCUUCUUCUCAUCGCUCUGGCCUCAUUCGAUGUUGCAAGAUCGAUCCCCAAGUUCCCGGCGAAAGUAUAGCUUUAAAUCGGCGGGAUAUUCUCAAACUCGCCGGAACCGCCGUCGGAAUGGAACUAAUAGGUAACGGCUUCAUUAAUCAUGUGGUUGAUGCAAAAGCUGCUGAUUUGAAUCAGCGUAGACAAAGAUCCGAGUUCCUAUCAAAGAUCAAGCUAAUGCUUUCGACAUCGGUUAAGGCUAAACCCGAGCUUGUACCUACCAUACUUACUUUAGCACUCAAUGAUGCCAUGACUUAUGAUAAGGCUUCGAAAUCCGGUGGAGCCAAUGGAUCCAUACGAUUCAGCUCUGAGAUAAGCAGAGCAGAAAACGCAGGGCUUUCGGAUGCGUUGGCUUUUGUAGAGGAAGCCAAGAAGGAGAUUGACUCGUUCUCAAAGGGUGGACCUAUUUCAUAUGCAGAUCUUAUUCAAUUGGCAGGACAAGCAGCGGUUAAGUCUACCUUUUUAGCAUCGGCGAUCCGAAAAUGCGGUGGAAAUGAAGAAAAAGGGAACUUACUCUACACUGCAUAUGUUUUUCAGAUAAACCAAAGUUACUACUUAACCGGUAUUCGACCCAACCUAGCUGUAAUGUCUGCAUUCUUGGGUCCUGAUCAAUCCGCAACGGAGCAGCUUUUAGCUACCGACCCACAAGUUGCUCCAUGGGUUCAGAAGUACCAACGUAGCCGUGAAACCGUCUCUCAGACAGAUUACGAGGUUGAUCUGAUAACUGCAUUGACAAAGCUAAGUGGUUUUGGACAGCAAAUCAACUAUGAGGCAUAUACAUAUCCUAUCGAGAGGAUCAAUCUAAGCAAACUCAAGCUAUGA